AGUGAAAUGAUGUACAAAGUAUCGUAGUGUUGUACACGUAAUAAAGUCUCGUUUGUUUGUGAAUCUACCUCGAAACCGAUGAUAGUGUUACAAAUGCUUCCAAAUUCAAAACUUGAUAGAUAUACUAUAUACAUUGAACUUUCCUGUUUGAAAUGCAUAAGCUAAAGUUCUCUCAAAGGGACAAAGUAAAGAAAUUUAUUACAUUUACACAAACCGGAGAACAGACAGCAAUAUAUUGUUUAGCUCAAAACGAUUGGAAACUAGAUCUGGCAAGUGAUAAUUAUUUUCAAAAUCCUGAGGCUUAUUUUAAAGAACCAAGAAUUUCAGUGGAUAAAAAGAAAUUAGAAACACUGUUUAGUCGAUAUCAAGAUCCAAAUGAACCAGACAAGAUUACAGCAGAUGGAAUAAUGAAAUUUUUAGAUGAUCUGGGUUUAAGUCCAGAGAGCAAAUUAGUAUUAAUUAUUGCAUGGAAAUUUCGAGCAGAAACCCAAUGUGAAUUUACUAAAGAUGAAUUUAUGAAUGGCAUGAUGGAUUUGGGCGUGGACAGUGUAGAUAAAUUAAAAACUCGUUUAAGUAGUUUAGAAAAUGAAUUAAGAGAUUCCCAGAAAUUUAAAGAUUUUUACCACUUUACAUUCAAUUAUGCAAAAAAUCCAGGACAAAAGGGUUUAGAUCUUGAUAUGGCAAUUGCUUAUUGGAACAUUGUAUUAGAUGAUAAAUUCAAGUUCCUGUCGUUAUGGUGUCAAUUUCUACAGGAACACCAUAAGAGGUCAAUACCAAAAGAUACAUGGAAUUUACUCUUAGAUUUUGCACUUAUGAUUAAUCCUAACAUGACUAAUUAUGACGAAGAGGGAGCUUGGCCUGUAUUAAUAGAUGAUUUUGUAGAGUGGGCUCAACCUCGAGUUCGUCAGACUCUCUAACAUCUUAUCGCAUCUUUAACUUCAUGUGAAAAAAGCUUUAUUUAUUCAAUUAUAAAAUCAUAUAAUCAAGUCAUACUUGAUCAUAUUUUUCUGAUGAAGCAACGUCAUUUUACUUUAUGUCCAAAAUAUAUGACAGCGAGGCAAGAGUGCUACUAUUAUUCGAGUCAAUCAUGCUGUAUGAUAACCCUAUAAUGUAAAUUGCUUAUAAACAGAAAGUUACUUUCAUAUAAAGUAUAAAAUUAAAGAUCUAUCCAUUUAAGUCAAAAUUACAUAAACGUUAAAAUCUUGUAACACUAUUAUAUGUUUAAAUUUGCAAUGUUAUACAUUUAUCUGUAUAAAGUAAUAUGAUGUGCAAUGAGUUUGCUGUUUAAAGAAUCUAGUGACAGUGGAAAAUGUUGCUCAAUUACCAACGGUAUUUGCAAACAUCAGAAAAAAUCGCUACUAGCGUUCCUUUUUGCGAAUUUGGCUUCAAAAGGAAAAAAUAUUCGAAAGAUUCGAUAAUACAUUUUUGUAGAUAGUAAUUUUUAGAAAUUGCGUUAUUAAAAAUUGUUAUCAAAUAAAUUUUACGACACUCUACAUAACACUUGUAAUAUAUAUACAAAAAAACAGGAAGAGAAAAAAAUCUGUAUUUUAAACAUAAUACAAUUUCGGCACCACUAUACUUAUUUUCUCUCAGAAAAUUAUUUGUUUUUGUUUUAUUAACAAAGAGGA